ACGUUCAGAGUUGAAGCAGUGGAAGAGAAAGUUUCUAAUGAUCCAGGCAGUGCUCAACGAUGCCGAGGAGAAGCAACUGACGAACAAGGCUGUGAAAAUGUGGAUGGACGAUCUCCAAGACUUGGCUUAUGAUGUGGAGGACAUCCUGGAUGAAUAUGCCACUCAGGUUCUAGAGCGGGAAUUGAUGACAGAGCAAUCGACAAACAGAAUUGCUGAUUAUUUCUCUUCUUGGACUCCAAGUGCUCUGAUUUCCCAGGCUGAUAUGAAGUCAAAGAUAGAAGAGAUAACUUCCCGUUUAGAAGAUCUCUGUGAAGAAAAGAAUGAUCUUGGCCUGAAAGAGAUUGCUGAAGGCUCAUCUACUGUUGCAUGGCAAAGACCACCUAGUACAUGUGUGCCAACUGAACCAGCAGUUAUCGGAAGAGAUGCUGAUAAAGCCGAGAUACUUGAAAUGGUGUUAAGCGAUAAACAGAGUGGUGGCAGCUUUCAUGUGAUACCCAUUGUUGGGCUAGGAGGAGUUGGCAAAACAACACUUGCUCGGGAGGUAUACAACGAUAAGGCAGUGUCAGAUUUCAAUCCAAGAGCUUGGACAUGUGUUUCGGAUGAUUUUGAUGUUCUGCGUAUCUCCAAGGCAAUUCUAGAGUCAAUCACUGCAUCAACUCGCACUCCAAUGAACUUAAAUGAAGUGCAGGUUCAGCUGAAAAAUAAUAUAGCAGGGAAAAAAUUCUUGUUAAUCUUGGACGAUGUUUGGAGUAAAGAUUAUGACUCGUGGGAAGACCUAAAGUCUCCAUUCUUGGCUGGAGCACCAGGAAGUAAAAUAAUUGUAACUACACGUAGCAAAGAUGUGGCAUCGACAAUGGAACUAGAAGUUCGUUAUGACUUGGAGCUUCUGCCAGAGGAUGUUUGCUGGGCCAUAUUUGAGAAGCAUGUAAAUGGGAGUAGAGUUAUUGCUGCAAAAAGGAAUAUGGAAUUAAUUCGGGGGAAGGUUGUUAAAAAGUGUAAAGGCUUGCCGUUGGCAGCAAGAACGCUAGCUGGCCUUUUACGCUCUAAGCAAAAAUAUGAUGAAUGGGUGGAUAUAUUGGACAGUGAAAUUUGGGAUUUGCCAGAGGAAAGUAAUAUUCUCCCAGUCUUAAAAUUAAGUUAUUAUCAUCUUCCGUCGCAUCUUAAGAGAUGUUUUUCUUACUGUGCAAUUUUUCCCAAGGAUUAUCAAUUCAACAAGGAAGAACUUGUACUUUUGUGGAUGGCAGAAGGACUUAUUCAACAAUCAAACCAUAAGAAGCAACUAGAAGACCUAGGAGGCGAGUAUUUUGGUGAUUUAUUAUCGAGGUCAAUAUUUCAACGAUCAAGUAUCAAUAAUUCAAAAUAUAUAAUGCAUGACCUUGUGAAUGAUUUGGCUCAAUGGAUAUCUGGAGAAAGGAGUUUUAGAUUGGAGGAUGAAUGCAGUCUCAUGUCAAUAAAAAGAUUUGAUAGAAUUCGACACUCUUCUUACACAUUUAGACGUUAUGAAGUAAAAAAGGAUUUUGAAGCUCUCUAUAAAGUUGAGUCCUUGAGGACGUUGCUGAGAACAUUCUUGCCAUCACGGCACGAAAACACUUACGUUACUAAAACCCUUUUUUUGGAUUUAUUGCCAAGACUCAAAAAAUUGAGAGCACUAUCUUUAACAAACUACCUUGUGAUGGAACUACCCAGCUCAAUUGGAGAUCUAAAACAUCUAAGGUAUAUUAACCUUUCUAAAACUGGGAUAAAAUAUUUACCUGAGUCAACAUGUUUAUUGUUCAAUUUACAAAGUUUGAUGUUGAGAUAUUGUCGGUGUCUUGAGAAGUUGCCUUCACACUUGGGAAAUUUGAUCAAUCUACGCCAUUUUGAUAUUAGAGGGUCAAAAUUAAUAAUGGAGAUGCCAUUGGGAGUGAAACAGUUAAAAUAUUUGAAGACACUGUCAAAUUUUAUUGUUGGUGAAGGUAUUGGAUCUAGCUUGAAGGAUUUGAAAAGCUUAAAGUUUCUUUGCGGAGAGCUCUGCAUUUCACAUUUAGAGAAUGCAGUGGAUUGUCAAGACACAACAGAGAUGAUAUUGUGCGAGAAGAAGGACUUAGAAGCGUUGGUACUAGAAUGGAGUUCAUCUAAUCCCUCGCAAGAUGAAGCAGUGAAAAUUGUUCUUGACAUUUUACAACCUCAUGAAAAUCUUAAAAAGCUCACAAUAAGAAAUUAUGGCGGCCAAAAACUUUCAUCUUGGAUAGGAGAUCCAUCAUUCUCCAACAUGGUGGAUUUGAAAUUGGAUGGAUGUGAAAACUGCACAACCUUGCCUUCGCUAGCACUGAUGGGCUCACUUCAGAACCUGACAAUCAGAUUGAUGGGAAAAAUAAAAAACAUAGGUGGUGAGGUUUAUGGAGAGGGUUGCUCAAAGUCUUUUCAAUCGUUGCAGACUCUUUGUUUUGAGAACUUGCAAGAGUGGGAGCAUUGGGACCCUGUAGAAAAUGACCAUGUCGAAAGAUUCCCUCGUCUCCAAACACUUUCAAUUUCUCAAUGUCCUAAACUCUCUGGAAGAUUACCUAAUCAUCUCCCUUUGUUGGAUAAUCUUAUGAUAAAUGGGUGUGAGCAGUUAGUGGUUUCAUUUUCAAGCCUUCCAAUGCUCAGAUCAUUAGUAGUAGAUAGAUGCAAAGGCAUGGUUUGUUGUAGCCCUGUUGAUUCAGAGGUGCUAAACUCCAUGAGUACAGGUGGAGAAUCAAACUUUCCAGUGUUUAGAAGUUGGUCAAGGGAGGGAUUUCAGAAACUAGAACAUCUGUCAAUUGUUGGCUGUGAAGAGCUCAUACAUUUAUGGCCAAAUAAGAUUUGUCCAGAGAAUGCACCACAAGAGUUGAGUUGCUUCACCUCCCUUCAAGAGCUGCAUUUAAAAGAGCUCCGAAAUCUUGUUUCGUUUCCAGAUGGGUUACUUUCAAUCUUGAGCAGUGUUACAAUCACCAAAUGUGACGCCCUAACAUCCUUGCACGAGGGGUUGAAGCACAGCAAUGCACGUCUCAAGUAUUUAAAGGUUGAUGGCUGUCUUUCUCUAAAAUUCAUUGUGAGAGGCCGUUUACCUUCAUCUCUAAAUACGCUUGCUAUUUAUGGAUGUGAAAACUUGAUGUGCGUUUUGGAUGAUAGAGAAGAUAUUUGUACUUCUUCUCCAUCUUCUUCUUAUUCACUGGUACACAGGGACGACGUGGACAACACCAGCACAUCUCUUCUCUACGAAUUAAUCAUAUAUGAAUGCCAUUCUCUGACGCAUUUAUCGUCAACAGACCAGUUACCUUCAACACUCGCGAGGCUUUCUAUUUUACAAUGUUCAAGUCUCGGAACCUUGGGACAGUUAUCUAAGGGACUUGUGUCCCUUUCUAUUAUCGACUGCCCAAAGCUAGAGUCACUGGCAGCAUGGAGUUUUGACUGUAACAUGCCCAUUGAGUAUCUUUCUAUCCAGGGAUGUGAAAACCUUAAAUCCAUUCCGGAGGGCUUACACACUCUUUGCAAACUACGUCGUAUGAGUAUCAGUUAUUGCUCAAGUCUUGUUUCGUUUCCAAAAGAUGGGUUUCCUGACACUGAUUUAGAAGUAUCUAUCUCCUACUGUGAGAAACCACAAGCCCUACCUAGCCGCAUGCACACCCUCAAAUCUCUUCAAAAGCUAUCCUUAUGGGAAUGUCCUAAUAUCGAAUCCAUUACAGCAGAAGAUUUCCCCCCCAACCUAAAAUCACUUGCACUUCCUCUCAGUAUCUACAAGCCACUGACUGAGUGUGGUUGGCACAAACUUACCUCUCUUAGAAGUCUCUCAAUUUUGGGAUCAUCUUUUCCAGAGGAGGAGAUCAUAGAAAUGAAGUUUCCCACCUCUCUAAUUGAUCUGAGCAUUGUUAGCUUCGCGAAAUUGAAAUACCUAUCUUCCAAAACUUUCCAAGUUCUUACAUCUCUUGAAUCUUGGACUAUCGGUGAUUGCCCAAAUCUCACAUCCUUGCCAGACCUUCCAUCCUCACUUUUGUCGCUAUAUAUUUAUGAAUGUCCUUUAAUAGAAAAACAGUGCAAAAGGAAUGAAGGACAAGAAUGGUCCAAGAUAGUUCAAAUCCCUCGCGUUGCGGUAAAUCAUGAACUCAUCUAA